GAGUUUUAUUCUUUCAGACUUCUGGAUUCCUCUAGAGAAGCUGAGAAAUACCAAUUUUUCUUCUAUACAUGUCGCUUCUCCUAACUUCUCCAGAAUUUUAUUAUUGUCUCUGCUCAAAGCUUUCACUUGCCGUUGAACAAACGAAGAAUGGAGGAGAACGAGCGCUUGUCGAUGAAGAGGAAAGAUAUUGACAGAGUAAACGAUGACUUCUCUGAUUUUUCCCUCUCUUCUCCCGCCAGGAAGAUUCGUCGUCUGGAUGUGGAUUUGCCACCGAUUAUGGAGGAAGAAGAGAUUGAUUUACCGAUGCAAGAUACGGUCGCGGAAGAAAUCGAGCUUGAGCCGGUUAACGAUGAGAGAGCAAUUGUUCUAUUUAAGCCUCUUCAUUAUCAUCAGCCUUCUUCUGGAAACGUAUUUGUUGAUCGACACUUGAUUUCUGGGUUUAAGAAUAGAUUUCUUCGCGAUGUAUCGAUAGCUGAUGAUAAUCAGUAUGAAGAUGAGAGAUUAAACAAGUGUCAAGCUGUUGUUUGCUGGAAUCCGUCUCAGUCUACUUACUCACAGUCCAUAGGAACCUUCCAACAACCGCGGACACUAGAGAUUACUGAGUUGGAUGAGACAGGUGAGGAUGUGGUAAUGGAUGAUGCAUCCAAUGAGAUAGAAGAGGAUACUGGAAGCACCAGUCUAUCUUUCCCUCAGCAAGGACAGCAGCAAGAGCAAGAGCACACCUAUGGUUUUGGCUUGCAUCCGUGGCAGCAAGCGCAAAACUGUAUGAUUCCGCAGCUUCCUCAAGUCAGUACUACUCCCACUCCCAUCACUUGGUUCCGAUGAUACGGCUUAACCACGGGAAAACUGAAUAGGGAAUGCACGAAGCAGGAUAGUAGAAGGCAGAUUUGUUGUUAGUUUUUGUUUCUGCCUUUUGCGCAGAUUAGAGAUAUGGCAUAGUUUUGUUGUUGUAUGUUUACCAAACUAAUAGCUUCAGCCAUAUCUCCCCUAGGAUGGUUUUGACUUUCGAAUGUUAUCUUUUGGAUGUCGUUAAAAUAUCCUUUGAGAUAAACUACGUUCCAACUUAACAUGCACAUCUACAGUUAAACAGACUCUGAUCUAUUCUUAUCUGCUUUCUUGUGUCAGUCCUCUAGUGGAUUUGUGAGAUAAUGGAAUUUGGUAAUAAUCAAACUUUAGGUUUAAAAACU